AUGCACAGCAAGCAAGCACCCCGAAGCGCAAGAUUGCUCCGUGAAAAAGAAGAGGCGCUCCAUGCCCUGAAGCGGUCGACAACCGCGACUACGUCGCCCCUUUCCCGGCGCGACCCACUGCUGAAGCCAUCCCAGCUUCCAUCGUCUUUACCACCCCUGGAGGUUCGCUGCUAUGGUCGUACACGUGUUCCCACGCCGCAUGGAGAGGUCUUUUGUCACCUAUACCGAAACAAUCACGACAACAAAGAGCAUAUGGCUUUGGUCAUCGAUCCUGCUCAAAAUAACGCAUCCAUCCAGCAACGACAGCAGCAAGGACUGUUGAGUAAACCGAGGCAUCUGCGCAGCCAGACGCUUGAUGCAGUCUGGCACAAAGACGAGACGACGAUGGAGCGACUCGUUCGUGGUGCUUACGUGAAUCGCUUGAGUGAAACACACCAGGAGCCGUCGGUGCCUGUGUUGACGCACUGUACGGAUGCGUCUGACAAACUCACCCCCUCGCCCCUCGUGCGAAUCCAUUCAGAGUGCUAUACAGGCGAAACGAUCGGCAGUCAGCGCUGCGACUGUGGUGAGCAGCUGGACGAGGCUCUUCGCAUCAUCGGCACGUCGUCAUCUCGCACAGCGACGGGCGUGCCUGUGCCUCCUCGCGGCGUGGUAGUCUACAUGAGGCAGGAGGGCCGUGGUAUUGGUCUAUUGGAUAAGCUUCUUGCGUACAAUCUGCAAGAUAUGGGCCAUGACACUGUUAGCGCGAAUGUGCUUCUCGGGCAUCUCCCCGAUGCACGUCGAUACGAUAUAAGCAGUGCCAUUCUCCGAGAUUUGGGCAUUGAUCAGUGUCGUUUGCUGACGAACAAUCCAGAGAAGAUGCAGGCACUUGAAGCCGAGGGUAUACGAGUCACAGAGCGCGUGCCCAUGGUGCCACGAAUCUGGCAGUUUUGCAGCAGGCCACGCUCCUCAACAAAGCCAGGCGUUCGGCGUCGGCGCGAAAAGCCGCCUCCACGCGUGUCGGAGCCACCGCAGGAACACUUGCAUCGCUCUCGACCCAGUAGUGUGAUAUCUCAGACGCUCGAGACGGCCGGCGAGUUGGCGGCCUCGCUGAGCGAGGCUGAGUCCCAUGAUGAUGUUGACGAUGAAGACGACGUGGCAUCCGAUGAAAGCGCUAGCAGCUUCAAUGCUUAUACACUCCGGAAUACGGGUGCGACGCUCAUUGGUGGCACUGUGACGCGCGGCUCUGACUUGGAGCGGUACUUGCGCACGAAAAUUGAGCGAAUGGGUCACUUGUUGUCAGAGCCUGGGUCCAGUCCGGGGUCUCGGACGGCACUGGAGGCAGAAUCAGGAUCAGGGGGCUACAUCUGGGUCUGUAUCGGCUCCUGA